CCUCUUCGUGCCAUUUAUUAACGUCAAGCAUCUACCAGUAUAUUCAUCUUCAAUUUUUUGACACAAGAUAUGUAAACCUGAUUUUUGACAUUCUGACAAUAAUAUUUCUGAAUAAUCAUCGUUUCCUACAGAACCAAAAAAUGUUGCAAAAUGAAUAUCUGACUAAUUAAAGAUUAUUUCUUAAUCAGAAUUUUUGAAAUCAUUUUUAAAUACAUUAUUAUCAUUGUUGAUUAUUUUGGUCAUUGUCCAUUGAAAAAUCCUAACUGUAUUAAGUAUUGCACCUCCAGGCGUAUAUUCAAUGUUUGGAUCACUUUGAGAAUUGAGAAUCUCGUCGAUUCUAUAGAUUUUAUAAACCCUAGUAUUAAGAUUUCAGAUAAAAAAAAUCAAUACGCCGUAAUGGCACCCACAAAAUCUGAAUUAUAACAAAUAAUGGAGAAAUUGGCUGCAUUAGAAUCAAAAAUCGAUAAUAACAACACAAAAUUUUCGUCUUUUUCUAAUGAAAUUCUUCUAAUUAAAAAUGCUUUAACAACAAUUGAAUCAAAAAUUCAAACAAUUGAAACAAAUUUUAAAAACAACGAGUCAUCAGCUAGCGAACAAGAACGCAAUCGUUCUAUUGUUGUUAUUGGUCUACAAGAAUCAAAAUCAACAACACCAUCAAUUCGUGUUUGUGAAGAUAAAGCCGCAAUCGAAGAUGUACUCAACUUGUUGGGGGUUGAGAGCCCAUUCAUUUCGUAUAGAAUGGGUAAGUAUGACCCAACUGCUAGAGAGAAUUGCACUUGCUGAAUGGAAACGUCACAGAGUG